ACGUGACGCAGCCGAGGGCGAAUCAUUUGCUAAAGCCGAGGAUCUGCGUUGUGGUCACGCCGACGCGUACAUGGAUUUUUUGUAUGCUUUAUGAUUGACGAGGCGCAUUAGAAACGGCUCUCUUUAACACUAUUUGUAUCGUCUAUAGGCCUAGUGCAGACUGAAAAAUGCUAUAACUUCUAUAACCUAGCAGUGUUUUAUUUCAAUCCUAUCAUGUAUGACUUGUCAAGUGAUUAGUAAAUGAAUAAAAUGCGAUCACGAAUGUCAUGUUCGUAACGCUUUAUUGCGCACGUUCGGCCAGUUUUGCGCGCUACUCAAAUUGCUCAUUAUUCUUUUAUGCUGCAGUGAAACUAGUCUUUCAGUCCACUCUCGGUUUGAUCCCAGUAGAGAAAUCAAGGAGCCCACUGGGAUGUGCAUGUGUGCAUGACUGUAUGGACAGCAUUUGUCAGCUUUGUCCUCGUACAGCUGAGGACAACCCUUAUUUAUCCCAUAUUCACAACCCUGCGUAGAGCCUGAACACACACACACACACACACAUACACACACGCACACUCUCUCUCUCUCUCUCUCUCACAUACACACACACACACACACACAGGCGCAGGACAGCAGCUGCAGUGUUGCCUCCUAGAUAGAGUGAGGAGGGAGGGGAGAGUAAAGGAAGAGGUGCACCGAUUUCCUCCAGCUGAGAACCCAGAUAUUGAAAUAACAGCAUUGCGGGAGUAGUGGUGCGUCCUCACCUGGCCAACUUACAGGAACUUCAUCAAAUCUCCGCUGUGGGUAUAUGUGUAGUAUAGCCUAUAUCUGCAGCACUUUUUCCUCGUUUUUAAUAUCUUCAUCUAUAGUGCGGUGCGUUUAGAGUACUCCCUAUUAAGCAAGUUGGUGUGCGCAGUGACCGGAUGCUACCUCACUCAGGAGACACCCGGAUUUUGCUGCAUCCGCAAUGAUCUGAGUGUUACUCCGGAAAGUCGUGCAGCGUGUCCGUGGUGCAUUUUCCCACCCAAAUCUUCAGUUUUGUCUAUCUCAGAGGCUGCGCGCGCGCCAGCAUGGAGUGGCGGAGGUUCAGCACCGUGGACAGCGCCGGGGUUUUCCUCUGUCUCCUCUGCGCGCUGUCGGGGGUCUCGGUUACGGCCGAGCAGGAAGUGGAGAAUCUGUCCGGUCUGUCUCCAAACCCGGACAAAGACAUUUUCGUGGUGCGUGAAAACGGCACGACUUGUUUGAUGGCAGAGUUCGCGGUGAAAUUCCUGAUCCCCUUCGAUGUCCUCGCGCUUAACGGAAUCGACUUGAUCACGGAGCAGGCGUCUCUCUCUCUCCCCCGCGGUGCGCAGAUCUCAGGCACGUGCGGAAGCAGCGAGGCAGAGCUGCACGUCUCCUGGAGCAAUAACGCCUACACGUUCCGCCUGUACUUCAGCAAGGAGAAACGCACCGUGAGGAGAGAUGGGAAAACGAAAGAGAGUGAAGUGUGGAAGAUAAGCAAGGUUCAGCUGGUUUAUGACACCUCUGAGACAACACACUUCAUCAACGCGUACAACCCGGGGAAACACACUGCCAGCACCCAUCAUCUCUCAGCCCUGGUGACGCCAGCAGGCCGCUCGUACUUAUGCGCAGCUCAGCAGACCCUCACCCUCAUCUCCAGUGACCACCAGAAGGGCAUCACAGUCUCCAUGUCUGACAUCCAGCUCCAACCUUUUGACAUCAAAAGCGACUUUGUGUUCAGUGAACCAUAUAAGUGUAUCACAGACCAGCGUGAGCAGCUAGAGGAAGCUCUGCCUCUGGUGCUGGGGCUCAUCCUGGGCCUCAUCAUCGUCAUCACCGUCACUAUCUACCACUUCCACCUCAAACUGUCGGCUCAUCAACCCCAGCUGCCCCGUGACCGCUCCCUCUACAAGCACAUGUAGAGACUCUCUAUGCACCGUGACCAAGGCCUGCCAUUAGGGGGAACAGACGAGAUCUGCAAACAUUUUACUCAACGCUUCUGGGAAAACGUGAUGAGUUUUUUCCAUCAUUAAUGUCCGCCGCCUAAUAGUCUGAUCCCUCGCAUUUGAGAUUGUUUUUUUUUUUUUUUUAAAUUUAUGAUUUUGCUGAUAUGUUGAUGAUAAUGUCAUCUAAAAAAAAAGAGAUAUAUUGACACAUUGUUAAAAUCUUUCAUGUUGUGCCAUGGUGUAUCACUCAGUGUGAAUAGUGUGCAGAACUGAACUGAAGGUAUUUCUGUCCUGUUACACUGACAGCAAAUACACGAGCAAGGUCUUUUAAGAUGAUAUGAUAUAUGAAUUAUAGUAUAAACACUUGAAUCAUGCAAGAUUUGUGUGCAAAAUUCUAUUCAACAAUAAACUAUUUUGUGUGUG